CACAGCAGAACGAUUUCAUCAUUCUUGUCUUCUCGCAUUACUGGCUGUCCAUGCUGGUUCUUCUCCGCAGGGCUGCUGCAUCGGCGCUGCUGAGGACCACCCCCGACAUUCCCUCCCUCUGUUCGGUGCUACAGGUCCGGUGUGUUUGGUUUGAUCGCCUUCAGAACCGGCCCUUUUCCACGUCAGCGCCCCUUUUCACUAAGAACAAGAAGAAGAGCCUGUGGCAGCAGCGGCUGGAAGGACGAACAAUGGACGGCGACAUGGAGCAAAUCCUUGCCCCCUUGAGGCUUGCAGUCAAGGAACAGGGAGAUCUGGUGCGGCAAAUGAAGCAGGAUGGCGCUCCUGAUGUGGACGUUACCAAAGCGGUGGCAGAACUCAAAGCAAGGAAGCGGAAUUUGGAGGCCAAGGAGCUGGCGUUGCAACCCAAAGACGACAUUGUGGACAGGACAAAGAUGGAGGACACUCUGAAGAGGCGUUUCUUCUAUGACCAAGCCUUCGCCAUCUAUGGCGGUGUGAGCGGCCUGUACGACUUUGGUCCGGUGGGCUGCGCCUUGAAGAACAACAUCCUGCAGGCAUGGAGGCAGCACUUUAUUCAGGAAGAGCAGAUCCUGGAGAUCGACUGCACCAUGCUCACCCCCGAGUCUGUCCUUAAGACAUCAGGACACGUCGAUAAGUUUGCUGACUACAUGGUGAAAGAUGUCAAGAAUGGCGAGUGCUUCAGGGCAGACCAUCUUCUCAAAGCUCACCUCCAGAAGAUGAUGGCUGACAAGAAAUGUACUGCUGAGAAGAAGGCCGAGAUGGAGGAUGUCAUCACGCAGAUGGACAACAACACCCAGCAAGAGCUGACCGACCUUUUCGUCAAGUACAACGUCAAGUCCCCUACCACAGGAAAUGACCUCACAGCUCCCAUCUCCUUCAACCUCAUGUUCCAGACCUCCAUCGGACCAGGAGGGAACAUGCCAGGCUAUCUGAGGCCUGAAACCGCUCAGGGAAUCUUCCUCAAUUUCAAGCGACUAUUGGAGUUCAACCAGGGAAAGCUCCCUUUCGCUGCUGCUCAGAUUGGAAACUCCUUCAGGAAUGAAAUCUCGCCUCGCUCCGGACUCAUCCGCGUCAGAGAGUUCACCAUGGCUGAGAUCGAGCACUUUGUGGACCCCAGUGAGAAAGUCCACCCCAAGUUCUCAAACGUAGCCAACCUGGAUAUCCUGUUGUACUCCUCCAAGGCUCAAACCAGCGGCCAGUCUGCACACAUCAUGAGGCUCGGCGAUGCUGUGGAGCAGGGUGUGAUCAAUAACUCCGUCCUGGGUUAUUUCAUCGGUAGGAUCUACCUCUAUCUCACGAAAGUCGGAAUAGCCAAAGACAAGCUUCGCUUCCGCCAGCACAUGGACAACGAGAUGGCCCACUACGCGUGCGACUGCUGGGACGCCGAAACCAAAACCUCCUACGGUUGGAUCGAGAUCGUUGGGUGCGCCGACCGCUCCUGCUUUGACCUGAAAUGCCACGCCCAAGCCACCAAGGUGCCCCUGGUGGCAGAAAAGCCACUUAAAGAACCCAAAGUUGUAAACGUCGUCCAGUUUGAGCCAAACAAAGGAGUCAUCGGCAAGGCGUACAAGAAGGACGCCAAGAUGGUUAUGGACCACCUGGCCAUUUGCGACGAAUGCUCCAUUGCCGAAAAGGAGCAGCUCCUCAACGAGAACGGAGAGUUCACCAUCGAGGUGGGGGGAAAGACGUUCCAACUGACCAAAGACAUGGUGGCUAUCAAGCGAUUUCAGAAGACGCUACAUGUGGAAGAAGUGGUUCCCAAUGUCAUUGAGCCAUCGUUUGGUAUCGGAAGGAUCAUGUACACCAUCUUUGAGCACACCUUCCACGUCCGGGAGGGCGACGAGCAAAGGACAUUCUUCAGCUUCCCAGCAACCGUUGCACCAUACAAGUGCUCUGUUUUACCACUCAGUCAAAACCAGGAUUUUGUGCCUUUUGUUAAAGAACUCUCCGAGGCCAUGACCAGAAACGGCGUGUCCUAUAAGGUGGAUGACUCUGCAGGGUCCAUCGGGAGGCGCUACGCCCGGACAGACGAAAUUGGCGUGGCGUUUGGCAUCACCAUCGACUUUGACACGGUCAACAAGACGCCACACACCGCCACCCUGAGGGACAGAGACUCAAUGAGGCAGAUCCGAGCCGAGGUGAGCGAGCUGCCCGUGAUCAUUCGAGAUUUGGCUAACGGUACUCUGACCUGGGCAGAAGUGGAGACCAAGUAUCCCAUCUUCGAAGGACAGGAGACCAGCAAGAGGGACGCGGUGGAGGAAUGAAGUCCUUCUUUCUCUCUUCCGCCGGCAGGGAAUAAAAUAUAUGACACAGACUUUUGUUGCAUUCGCAUCACCAGAAGAACAUCACGAUGAGCUUUUACUGAUCACGUCCACAAGGAGGAGCUGCAUUUCAACCAUGUAUGACAACCACUCUUGUGUUUUCAAAAGGGAGAAACUGGCAUCAGGUUGCGUCUUUGACAGAAGGAAAGACUGCUGUUGUUCUGCUUUUCAGGCUGACCGGAUUGAGAAAUUUAAAUCUCUCAAUAAAAAACAGCCAGCACUUACUGGACAUCUACAUACCA